UUACGUUUGAGGCUUUGAGCCAGUGAUUGAGCCUAACCGGAUAACGCGAAUUCCUUCGCGUGUCCCGUGCCUCUCUCAGGCCUCUCAGCCCUCCAUUCAUUCUUCUGCCAAAUUUAGAAGAAGAAGAAGAAGAAGAGAGAGGUGAGAGAGAGAGAGAGAGACUGGUGGCCAUGUCUUCUACUCUCUUCUUCCAACCACUCUCACUCUCCUCUUCCAAGAGUCCCUCAGUCUCCACCGCGAAACACUUCUUCUUCUCUUCUGCUCCCAAAUCUCUGCUCUCGUUGCCUCACAAACCGACCAAGGUUUUCCCACCGUCGUCAUCGUCAGCACCAGCGGAGGUGGGGGUGGAUGAGACUUCUCCGGCCGUGGAUCGAGAGGACGUGUUUGAUGUCGUGAAGGACCCCUGGUACCUUGCUAAGAAUGGCAUGAGGAGAAUGUUGGGAUCAGCUACAUCCAAUUACCAUCUAAUAGAUGACUCCUCAAAACUUUUGAAUUUCCUGACAGGAAAUUGUACUCCUGAUUGCCUCAAGAAUAAGGGAGCUCUGCUCUCUCAUUUAUAUAAUGGGAUUAAAGUGACUCUUCUCAUAGGGUUGCUAACUUUUCAAGGCUCUCAGGAGGCUGUCGCAGAUACAGAAUUAUCUGGUAGAAUGCAGUCCCUUUCUUAUUUCGGAGAUCUGGGUGACAUUAAUACAGGUUUUGCUUCAGCUUUCUUGUUAAUAUUUUUCUCUGAACUAGGGGACAAAACAUUUUUCAUUGCAGCACUUUUAGCUGCAAGAAACUCUGGUGCUAUUGUUUUCAUUGGCACAUUUGGUGCUCUUGCGGCAAUGACUAUUGUGUCUGUUGUUCUUGGUCGUACUUUUCACUAUGUUGAUGGUAUUCUUCCGUUCAGAUUAGGUGGGUCUGACUUACCAAUUGAUGAUAUUGCGGCAGUUUGUCUUUUGGUUUAUUUUGGAGUUACAACACUAAUGGAAGCAUCUUCAGGUGAUGGACUAAAAAUAGAUGAAGAACAAAAGGAGGCAGAACUGGCAGUUUCAGAAUUAUCAGCAAAUGGUGCAGGAAUCAUGUCUGCUGCCAGUACAGUAAUAAGUACUUUCCUGCUGGUCUUUGUUGCUGAAUGGGGUGAUAAAUCCUUUUUCUCUACGAUAGCGCUUGCUGCUGCCUCUUCCCCGCUUGGCGUCAUUAGUGGAGCAUUGGCUGGUCAUGGUCUUGCAACUUUGCUUGCAGUUAUUGGAGGUUCUUUGAUGGGAACAUUUUUUUCAGAGAAGGUUAUCGCGUACAUAGGAGGGGUUCUCUUUCUUGUCUUUGCUGUAGUAACGUUAAUUGAGACUGUGAGCUAGACCAAGCUCAAAAUAGUUUGUUAUUAGCAGAUUGCUUGUUUGUCCUUGUGUAAACAUGGAUGCUGAUUAAAGGAAGACGCCAAUCUUUUCCGCCAUUGAUUAAGGAACUAGAGUGUCAUCAGUUGCUGAUACAUGUCAGCAAAUGCUCUUUGGGGAGCCAUUUUCAUCAAGUUUGCCUGAUUUCUGGAAGAAGACUAGUUUGAAUCACCCUUUACAUCUCCGCUGUUUGCUUAAUCAUUGUUUGAAGGCCGUCAAGUUGUUUAUUUGUAAAAUGACAUCAAUGUCAGAACUAUGUGAUAAACAAUUGGCUUUUGUCCUAAUUUCAGUCUAAAAAUACUCGUGAGUUAGAAGGGGCAAUGUAUUUCAUUUUUACAGGUAAUUAAUGCUAAUGGUCCAGAAGCUGUCUUGAGUCUUGAAUUA